AUGUUCAAAUUACUCAAUUGUCUUAAAUAUCUAUCUCUCAAGACCGCAACUUCACUUCUACAAUUACUUAUAAUAAGCAUUGUUAUUGGGCUUUGUUUAAUUGUUCUCGCAGUUAAUCGUAUAAUGAUGGAUGCCCUCAUCUCUGAAAUUUCAGAUAAAUUGUUGUUUAAAUAAAACUUUUAAUAGUAUGAGCUCUAAACUGAAAUGUUGAAAUAUUAAGUAAACUGGCCCAUGAUUUAAAGAUUUUAAAUGAUGAACAGCUUUAGCAAAAUAUACUAAAAUUUUAUGCCUUAAGUAUUAUUUUAAAACUUUAAUUAUCCUAUGGAAUGUCCUAUAUAUAAAGGUCAGCUACAUGAAUAAUAUAGUACAUUAUUUUAAUUGCCUGAAUUUUGCAUUUCAUACAAAAAUUAAACCAGAUAGAUAGAUAAUCGACAAUUUUAUCCUUUCCUUAACUUUCUCAAUUAACUAAUUAUUCCUUUUACAUACACUCCUAUCUCAGAACUUUAUAUGACAAACACUGAUGAAAAUUAUUUAUUUGCUUCUAAUCCUCCUAUCUUUGAUUAUCCUUCUUACAACCCUUAAGUAAGACCUUGGUACAUAAACCAUAUGGAAUAAUCUCAAAAAUCAAAUAGUUAAGGUUUUGUAUCUUAUGUCUAUAAAUCAUAUGGAAAUAAUUAAUACAGUUUCACAAUAACAUAUUCUUUGUUUGAAAAUAAUCCAUCAAACAAAAAUUAGAGAGGAGAUUUAUAAGCAGUGAUGGGUUAUGAUUUGAGUUUUAAUCAAUAUGCAGAUCAUCUUCGUUUUUAGUAAUUUGUCUUUUUAAUAACAAAUCUACUUGGUUAAAUAAUAUGUACAAAUUCUAUUGAAGAUAUAAGACUUGAUUAAGAAAUAUAUUAUGUAUAUCAACAAAAUUUGACUGGUUUUACAGAAAAGGAUUGGUAAUAAAUGUAAUAUUCUGCCUAAAGAUAACCAUACAUUAAUAAUUGUACUUUAUAAAUUAAUCAUCUCUGUAGAUUUAAUACGAAAUACUAAGAAGAUAUUAUCUUACAUGUAUUGAACCUAAAAUCCGAUUUUUAUCUUAUCAUGUAUUUAACAUUAUAUAUUUAGAUUUUAAAAUGUAACAAUUCAGAAGGAAAAUAUAGAGAUGGCUGAAAAAACCAAAAUGGAAAUUAUUUAAGCAUUUGCCAAAAAUAUCUCUUAUUUAGUCGGAGCAUCUUUGGCUCUUCUAAUAUGUAGUUGGAUAGGAAUGUACUUGUUUUUCAGACCAAUUAAAUAAAUGAGAGAAAAGAUGGAUACAUUAAUACGUAAUAAAUUCUCCAGCCAUAAUUGGAUGUAAAAAAUCUAAAAUGAAUUUGAUGAGAAGAACACUAACUAUCUUAAAUAAGCUUUAAAGAAUUUGAAAUCAAAAAUUACUAAUAUUAAAAGGAAGAAAUGUUUAAAUUGUUAUUUAAUUGAAAAUUUUAAAUACCCACAAAGAAUUCUAACUAUUGAUUUUUACUAAAUUAAGAAUCUAAUUAAAAAAAUGCCAUAAGAUUAAAUAAAAGAAGAAUAAAUAAGUUAAAGGGAAAUAAAAAUUGAUAAUAUCAUUAAAUCUCCAGAAAAUACAAAUAUAAUCCCAUAAAUAAUUACAAAUAAAUUAUAUUCUUAAAGUUUAAAUAGUGAAAUAGACGAAAAUGUUUAAUUAAUUAAUAGCAUGGAUAGGAUAUUCUGA